AUGGAUAACGACGGUUCGUAUCGAAAAGUUACUGAGGGCAGAGCGACCCUUUUGUAUCCCGAAACCGAGGAGGUUUUUUACAACCCUAUUCAGCAGUUCAACCGAGAUAUUAGUGUCUUGGGUAUUAAAGCAUGGACGUCGAUUUACCGCCAGACCAAAAAGCGUAAGCGUGAUGAAACCGGUAACGAUGAGCCGUUCAUCAACAUUAUUGAGGGGCUAGCUGCAUCAGGACUGAGGUCAUGUCGUUAUGCCAAAGAGAUUCCAUUGAUCAAAAAGGUCGUAGCGAAUGAUCUGUCUCCAUCUGCUGUGGAAGCUAUUAAAAGAAAUGCAAAGUAUAAUGAGGUUCAGGACAUUGUCGAGGCUCACCAGGGCGACGCAAAUGCCGUGAUGUGGCUUCACAAACAGACCCCAGUGCAUGUCGUCGAUCUGGAUCCAUAUGGCACGGCUGCUCCGUUUAUAGAUGCAGCGUUACAGGCCGUGACAAACAACGGCAUUAUGCUCGUCACAUGCACUGAUUUAGCUGUGCUUGCUGGUAAUUCUUAUCCUGAAAAGUGCUUCAGUUUGUACGGUGGAACAACUGUGCGGAACGAUGCGACUCAUGAAUCAGCUUUGAGGCUUUUACUGAACCUUGUGGCCACCACUGCAGCUCGCUAUGGCAAGACUAUUGAGCCUCUUUUGAGCUUAUCGAUCGACUACUAUGUUCGCUGCUUCAUCCAGGUCAAGAAAUCACCUGUGGCAGUCAAGCAAAAUAUCGGCAAAUCAAGCACUGUUUAUACAUGCACUGGUUGCAAAACUACCCAUAUACAGCCCCUGGGUAGUGUGAAAGAACAGAAUGGAAAUUUCAAGUUCGGAUAUGCCAAGGGCCCCGUGGUUGGCACCACCUGUGAGUUCUGUGAAAGCCCGCUCCACAUCGCAGGACCAUUAUGGACUGGCCCCCUCCAUUCAAAGGAGUAUGUCUCCAAAAUGCUAGAGCUGGUGGAGCUUUUGGAUCAGAAUAUUUAUCCCACCGCUCCAAGAAUUAAAGGCAUGCUCACCCUUGUCAACCAAGAAAUCGAGACUCCCUUCUAUGUGUCACCAUCGAAUAUGUCCUCGAUUGUUCGCGCGCCUGUUCCACCACUGCAAAAGUUUGUGAGUGCGAUCUAUAACGGUGGCUACAAGGCUUCACUUACACACGCGAAAGCAGGCUGCAUAAAAACGGAUGCACCCUACAGCUUCUUGUGGGACACUGUUAAAGCUUGGGCUAAGGAAACUGGCACUGGUAAGCCAAAUCCCGACGCACCGGGCGCCAAAAUCAUGUCACAGCCUCCUCAACACGAGAUUUCGUUCGAAAUCAACGCUUCAGCAGAACACAUCGAAACUCUGCGCAAGUCCAAACUUGUCCGUUUCCCAAUGAAUCCUCGACCGGAAUGGGGGCCCAUGUCCAAGCCGAAUAAUAAAAAGAAGGCUUCGUCAAAUGAAAUUGAGCUAUGA